GCAGCAAUAAAUUGGCUGCAAGUCUUCCCGUUCUCACCUGAGAGACGGAGGACUGACGACAUGGAUGAAAUAAUGCAUUCUGCAAAGCCCGGUGACCUGAUCGAGAUCUUCCAUGAGAUAUACGAGCACUGGGCCGUCUACAUCGGUGGAGAUGAAGUUGUUCAUUUGAGUCCUCAAACACAGGUGAAGCGUCAGAAGAUCUCAGAGGUGGUCGGCUUGCGCAAGUGUCGCGUCAACAACCUCCUGGAUUGCAAAUACCGACCUCGCGAUCGUCACAUCAUCGUGACGGAGGCGAAAAGGCUGGUGGGCCAGGAGCUGCCAUACUCCGUCAUCACUCACAACUGUGAGCACUUUGUCACAAGGCUACGAUACAACAAGCCAGAGUCACAGCAGGUUGAAAGAGCAGCUGCUGUGAUUGUAGGCACGUUUCUAAUUGUUGUAAGCAUGACGGUUCUGGAAAACGUUCUGUCAGCCAUGUUCAGAGGUUACAACGAAAACAGAGAUUAUAAAUGACAGCAGUGAGAAGGCAAGAAGAAACGAGAGAGCUCACCGUCGUUUGAGUCACUUCACCUGGCAGUGGUUAUGAUUUAACUUAUGUGAAUAAACUAUUGCACAUGUGCAAACUGAAAAAAAAAUGUUUGACUGUCAUUGUUUUAUUGUCAACACACAUACACACAAAUGCAGCCUCGGAUGAAAUGAGGCAAACUGGUGUGGAGAAAAUAAUGUCACACUGUUGGUACAUCCACGGCUGUUUUAAUGCUUGAUUUAAGUUGAUAUCUUCAAUGUUUGUUUAAUCUCCGAAAUGUGACAAAUUUAUAAGCAUUUUCAUAAUUCAAGUGUUCAUUUUAAGACUAGAAUCUCUUGAACCAUUGAUCACAAUUUAGCUUUUUUUUACUGCAUUAGUUUUUGU